AUGAUAACAACAACAAAAGAAGCAAAAAAAAAAGGAGCAAGCAAUGAUAAAAAGCAACAAAUUCAGUUAUUUAUGAUGAUACCGGAAGAAUCUUUUUUGGAAACAAAAAAAAAUAGAACAGAACGAGUUGCUGAUAUUUUGUUGCUUGUUUACUCGAAAAGCUUUUAUGGCAUUUCUCACAUUUCUGAUUCCCUUAAAACUUUUAUAACAUCUUUUUGGGAAUAUCAGAGUGAAAUUGUAUUUAUAAUACAACAAAAGCAGAAGAAAGCUUUUGAAACACUUUGUGAAUUCAACUGA